UGUGAAUCACAAUCAACCGUCAAUACAACUACCAAAAUGCUUAAUGUUUCUUCUGUUCUUGUCACUGGUGCAAACCGAGGAAUUGGUCUUGAAUUUGUUCGUCAACUAGCUUCACUGGAACCUAAAAUCUCUCAUGUUAUUGCCACUUGUCGAGACCCAGAUGCUGCUGAGGAAUUGAAAUCAAUAGCCAAAGCCAACAAUAAUGUUCAUAUAUUGAAGUUGGAUGUAAUUGAUUACAAUUCUCAUGAUGCCUUCUAUGCUGAAGUUGAAAAAAUUGUUGGCAACUCUGGUUUGGACAUUCUGAUUAACAAUGCUGGCAUAGGGAUCGUCACACCUCUUGAUGAAGUCACACCUGAAGAGUUCAUGAAAAAUUACGAAGUCAAUGCUGUUGGACCUUACGUUUUAGCCAGAAAAUUAACUCCUCUCAUCAAAGUUUCUCAACGAAAGUUAAUUGUUGCAAUUUCAUCCACCGCUGGAAGUAUUGCGGUUACUAGUGCAAUAGGUGGAGGUUUUCCUGCUUACAAACCUAGCAAGGCUGCUCUUAAUAUGCUUACUCGAACCUACGGUGAUCAUGUCAAGAAGGAUGGCAUCAUAAGUGUAAUGUUUUGUCCUGGUUGGUUCAAAACUGACAUGGGUGGUCCCAAUGCAAUGCUUGAAACAAGCUUCAGUGUUUCUAAUAUGAUAAAAACUAUCUCGACUCUUAAUGCUGAUUCUAGUGGAUCCUUCUUGGAUCAUGAAGGGAAGACUAUACAAUGGUAGUCAUUUCUGGUUAUUUGGCUAUUUUUAGAUUACAUUACAUCAUUACAAUUGUUGAAACUGACGAGAACAUCAAAGCCUCCAUGCAUUAAAAUUAAAACUGACAAAAAAUGGUUCUUAUUAUUUCUAACAAGUGGUCACCAAAAGCUGAUACUAAUACUAGACCAUCACAACUUCAGAAUUAAAUGUUUUUGUGUUCACGUGAAAUAAAAUCUAUUAAAAGUUAA